AUGGGCUCCAAAACUCUGGAAGAUGAGGAUCCCGGAAGGCAAGACGCACCGCCUUCAAACGGGUCCAACGCCGUUGGCGGCGAACCGCGCGGAAACCACAUCUCUCGGGAUGGUGACGGGUGCAUGGGAAGCGACGGAUGCGAUGAAGACAAUGACGAUGAUGCCGAGGCAAAAGCCGCGGCUUCCACCGCCGCGCUAACCCCAACUGCUGCCCCGGAUACAAACAUCAAGAAGAAACGUAAGCGAGCCAAGAAGAAGAAGGCGUCCGCAGCAUCCAAGCAGUCGUCGCCACCUCGGAUUCCGCUGGAUGGAUUGGUGACGUCGGGAGAGUUUAAGCCCGGCCAGCUCAUGAACUACAACGCACCGCUAGACACGACUCUGCGAGCCAAGGCCGUGGAGCUGCGCCGGGGAAGGUGGCCCAACCUGGAGGAUGCUGAAUUUCUCAACAACUACAGGAAAUCAGCCGAGGUACAUCGCCAGGUCAGGCGCUGGGUUCAAGACACCGUCAAGCCAGGCCACACACUGACCGAGAUUGCCGUCGGCAUCGAGGAUGGCGUCAGGGCACUCUUGGGAAACCAAGGCCUAGAGCCAGGGAUGUCCCUCCGGUCCGGCUUAGGCUUCCCGACAGGCCUGUCACUGAACAACUGCGUGGCUCACUAUACGCCCAAUCCCGGGCGAAAAGACACCGUUCUUCAGUAUGACGACGUCAUGAAGGUCGACUUUGGCGUACAAAUCAACGGCUGGAUCGUCGACAGUGCUUUUACCAUGUCGUUUAAUCCGACGUAUGACAACCUGUUAGCCGCUGUCAAGGACGCCACCAAUACCGGUAUACAGACCGCUGGCAUCGACGUGCGCAUCUGUGAUGUCAGCGCCGCCAUCCAGGAGACUAUGGAGAGCUACGAAGUCGAGAUUCGCGGCAAGGUUUACCCCGUGAAGCCAGUGCGCAAUCUCUGUGGGCACGACAUCAAGCAUUACCACAUCCACGGCGAAAAGAUGAUUCCAUUUACCAAACACUCGGAUGAAACGAAGAUGGAGGAGGGCGAAGUCUUCGCGAUUGAGACAUUCGGAUCAACGGGCCGCGGAUACACCCGCGAGGAGAAUGGCAUCUACGGAUACGGGCUGAACGAUGACGCACCACCGCGUGUAAAUUUUCCCCUAAGCUCGGCCAAUCGUGUUUUUAAGACUAUCAAGGAGAACUUUGGUACGCUGGUCUUUGCGCGCCGAUACCUAGAACGCCUUGGAGUCGAUCGCUACGUGGCUGGGCUCAAUUGCCUUGUCGAAAACGGCAUCUUGGAAGCAUAUGCUCCGUUGGUUGACAUCGCUGGCUCCUAUUCUGCCCAGUUCGAACAUACCAUUCUACUUCGAGAACCGUACAAGGAAGUUAUUAGUCGUGGAGACGACUACUAA